AUGGGCGUGCCGGAAUGCAAGUUGAGCCAGAAGGGAGGGGAAUACGUAGGUGUGAAGGAUAGGACCAUUUCCGGCUUCGACUGCUCACCGUGGCUGGAUCUGGACAGAAAUCAAGAGGACAUGAUGCGUUGGGCACGUGAAGGGUCAUUCCCAGAUGAAGUCACAAACAGCCACAAGUUCUGUCGCAACCCGAACGGGAACCCAGGUGGUCCUUGGUGCAGCAUCAAAGAUUCCCGAAUGCCGGACCUAAAGUGGGAGUACUGCGAUGUCCUUUUUUGCGAUUUUGACGAUUCAAGAGGGGGAAGCGAGUUUGCACACCAAUCCGCGUCAAAUGGAGAAGUUAUGCAGCCCAAUUACAAAGAAUGCCGGCUUACGGAGACGGGAAAGGAAUACAUAGGCGAUGAGUACAAGACGGAAACAGGAACGGAAUGUAUUAACUGGAAUGAUGUGAUGGAACGAGGCUUUCCAUCAAGCAGUUUCCUUUUCUCCCACCUACCAUACCAAGAUCGCCAGCUCCCUGGACCGCCUCAUAAGAUCGAAAAUUUCUUAAGCAUCUGGAUUAAUGGUCAAGAAAUGGGCUCAAAGCGAAACCCCUGCCGUAAUUACGACUCGAAGGAGCGGCCGUGGUGCUUCGUCUCCCUUGUGAAUUCCGCCUGGGAGUACUGUGACAUCCCGUUCUGCCGUGGGGCCAAAGAGCCAGCGGAAUGCAAAUACACGGAUGGUGGACGAGAGUACUUAGGGUUGAAGAACGUGACACGGACGGGGAAGAAGUGCCAGCCCUGGCUGAGCCAAACGCCAAAUGAACAUUCGACAAUAUUGUACUUGCCGGUAUUUCCCGAUCCUGGCAUGGACAGCCAGCACAAUUACUGUCGGAAUCCGGAUUUACGGAAGUCGGGUCCCUGGUGCUACAAUGGGGAGGGCACCAAUCCUGAAUGGGAAUAUUGUGACAUUCCGAUUUGCUAG